UCUCUAUUCCUAGAAAACCGUUGAGAUCGUUUUCUCGGUAGAAGGUGAUAAUAUUUUCUCAUCGCCUCUAAGCCUUCUAGGUAAAGCAUUUUGCUCGGAAACAGUGCCGAUGAUGUGUGUAUAAAUACAAGUGUUGUAUCAGGAUUUAUUAUUUUUGAACUUACAUAUGUCGAGUUUGUUAGAUAAAAAUAUUUCUUAUUAGAUAAUAUUUAAACUAUCAGUGGCACGGUGAUAUAGUUGGUGUUUAUCAAGCACAAUUUACAUAUUACUUUAUAGAAUUAAAACACAGAAAACCAUAUGGGCGGACCCGUGUGCGUAGUGGUUCCUAUGGCCAGUCGGCACGACAUACCACAAUUCGACGGUAAUGAAAAUGCCGACGACGUGAAAUCUUGCUCAUCAUCGUCGAGUUGCUCGUCAGUUUCGUGUCACAGACAUCCCGACGAGUAUUACUGCGAAAAGGAUCUGUAUGUACAAAUAGGGACACGGUUUAUAUUACACUCUGGGUGUUUCUACCAUCCAAACAUUGGCAGCACGGAGGCGAAGAUGAUUUUAAAAUCAUGUCCAGUGGGAACGUUUCUAGUCAGAGACAGUUCGGAUUCCAAAUAUCUUUACACCAUCAGUGUAAAAACUAAAAGAGGACCUACUAGUAUACGAAUAUGCUAUGAGCAUGGACGAUUUUCACUAGAUGCGGACGAAAAAUCUAAGAGUCAAAUGCCAAAGUUUUCUUCGUUAUUAGAACUGACAGAUUAUUACAUAAGAAAAAGCAAGGGAAAGAAAUCAGAACAAUGCAGAUUUCUCGAUAAAACGGGUAAAAAAGAUUUGCCAAUAGUGAUGUCAAAACCAAAACUGAACGAAGUACCGUCGCUUAGACAUCUAGCCAGGACACUUAUAAAUCGAUCCCUGCCGGCGACAAGUUCGUCGGGAAUAUCUUCUCUUGUCGAAGAUCUACCUCUACCAAAACCUUUACGGAGUUAUUUAAAGGACUAUCCAUUUCUAUACUGAGCCAGAUCUACGGGUAUGUGAAUGGAUUAAGUUUGGCACGUGUAAUAACGUGCCGGCGGCAAUACCAUCCCUACAGAAGGAACACAGCCUCUGGUGGCGAGACCGGCUCCAACUGGUGGUUGGGACCCAAAUUUGGACUCGGCAUGGACAGGGCCAGUUACUGUAACAGUGCAGAGUAAUUCAGUAAGUUGCCAGGAAUAUUCGUGAAACUGAACAGAUGUGUGUUUCUGCGACUCUGUGUUCGUUUUAUAUAAUUCUGUUACUCAGGGAUUUAAUUUAGCUAGACCUCCAUUGUUAUUUAUUAUUGCUAAUCACAUUGUUGACCUUUAAGGGUCUGUUUAGUCAUGGACAAGAAGAAAUUUUAAUUUCUUUUAAUUGAUCUUUAUGUAAGACUCUAUACAGUUAAUAUUUAUUUAUAUUAUUCUAGGCUGAAAACGAUGUCUCGAAAGGCUAUUUCAUCUAUUUUUUUUUCAAUGUAAGAUUUUCUUUUAAGUCUUAACAUUUGAAGAAAAAGCAAUAAAUAAAAUGUAUUCAAAAUUA